AUGUCAAGUCUAUGUUUUUCUUACCCUCCCAGGCAAGUCUGGUACCAAUUUAAAGACGGCGAAGGAGCUUCGUUGGAUUAUUCGUUGGAUAAGGACGGACUUAAACUAUCCACCGACCAUGUAAUCGCGGAGGAACCUCUUAUCGACUGCGCUACAACGCUCCUAAGACUACAUAUUUACCUGAAAUAUCAGAAUGAGCAGGAAGUAAGAGCUCAGUCGGCGCCUUCCACAGUCACUUCAACAAGGAGAACAAUCAAAAUCGGUGGCUUAUUUGUGAAUGAGAAUAAUACGUAUACUCGGUACGUUGGCUACAGUAGAGCUAUAGGAGCUCUUUACCUCGCCAUUGAUCAAGUUCGCGAGCAACACCUACUCGACAACAUCGAUUUCAACAUCAUUGUCCGAUACGAUGAUUGCAUUGAAAGAGAAGCAGUGGGACACGCUGUGGAACUGAUUCGUGACCUGGACGUUGAUGUAAUCAUUGGACCAACGUGCUCCAUUCCGGCAAUAGCCGUUGGGGUGAUGACAGCCUAUUACAAUCUGCCACAAUAUGUGUGGGGGUUCACAACAGCAAACGAACUCGCUGAAGCAUCUCGUUUUCCAACGGUUACCAUCAUGACACCGAACUAUUUCACCCUAAGUCUUGCCUUACUAUCUAUAAUGAAACAUUUCGAAUGGGAUCAGUUCGCAUUUGUUUACUCCGGUAGUGAAGAUAACCAGAAAUGUCCCAUUUUUCUAACGGACAUCCAAAAAGCAGUUUUCCAAAAUCCUUCUUUCACUAUUUCAACUGUGGUCGAAAUGAGAAACGUCACUACCACAGACAUCACGUCGGCAUUACGUGGCACCAGUGCUCAAGCAAGAAUAAUCAUUGUUUGUCUCAACAGCUCGGGAAAUAAGCGGCUAUUUAUGCUUACCGCGAAAGAUCAAAACAUGAUCAACGACGAAUACGUCUAUAUUUUCGCUGACCUACUUGACCCAGGAUACACACUUGGGAGGACGGAAAAUAAUACGGCAUACGUCUGGGAAGAUAGGAAAGAAGUGCCUGACGGACGCGAUCAAGAAGCUCUUCAAGCAUUUAAGAGGACGUUUAUGAUCAGCGACGGGAGUACGCAAAGUUUGGACCAAGAUAACGACAAGACAUCAGCUCUAUACAACUUUACCUUGGAAGUUUCCCAAAGAAUGGCACAACCUCCUAUAAGUUGUACGAAUUGCAACAUGUCUAAAGGAUGGGAGAUGGCGCAGUAUGCUGCUCAACUGCACGAUGCUUUUCUCGUCUAUGCUCACGUGUUGAACGAGUCGCUCACGUUAAACAAAAGCGUGAGAGAUGGAAGAUGGAUGUUAAACAGUACUGCUGGAGUGUACAAAGGCAAGUCUUUAGAACUCCCCCUUAAAUCAGUAGUAAAGGGGAUUCUUUUCUCUCAAGGUGCGCUCAGUAAUGUUACUAUUGCUUUCGAUGGUUCAAGGGUGCCUAGAUUCGUUUUCUAUGGGGUGGGAACUGACAAUGAACCGGAGAAGCUGAUUCUGAUUGAAAUGGAUAGAAGAGGAAAAGACGCAACACUGAGUCUCUUUUAUCGUCCAGAAGAAGAACAGAACAUGGUCUGGAAGGGACGGGCUCGUCCAAAAGCUGUACCUGAUUGUGGAUUUACAGGAGCAAAUUGUCCACCUUCUUUCAUCCAACAAUAUCAGACUUACGUGAUUUUGGCUGCUUGUGUGGCUAUGUUAUUUAUUGCCGCUGUUAUCAUCCUGAUUGUAAUUGCAAUAAGAGCAAAACAAAAGGAACGAGAAAGACUCGAUGCCCUUUGGAAGAUUCCCUAUUACGAGCUUACAAAAUCUACGGAAAAAGACACAACAUGUUCGUUCGUUUCGGGCUUGUCAGCGACAAAUUCGAAAGUACUCAACACAAAGAAGGAAACCGAUAAGAUUUGUUAUUUCUAUUAUGGAUUGGAUGCUUUGACCGCUUACAAACACUCUGUGUUGAUUCGAUUUGAUGAAGCUACGAAUGCAGAAUUUAGACAAAUGCGCCGAAUCGAACACGACAACCUCAAUCGUUUCGUUGGCAUCUCUCUCAAUGCUGGCCUUGUCUAUUCGCUCUGGCGAUUUUGUGCACGGGGAACAUUGCAGGAGGUGAUAACUAAAGGAUCUCUACCAAUAGACAACGUUUUUAUGCAGUCCCUGAUGAGCGACAUAGUAACGAACUGUUCCGUUGAUGAUCGAUGGCAAGUGAAACUGUCCUACUAUGGCAUGUCGUGUAUAAAAUCGGUUGAGCAGAAAACUGCAGAAGAGAAGUUAUGGACUGCUCCAGAAAUCUUGCGCGGGGAUGCUGAUGAUUUGGGAACAAAAGAAGGGGAUGUGUACAGCUUUGCUAUCAUUGCCAGCGAGUUGAUAACUAAAAGGCCAGCAUGGGAUCUGGACAACAGGAUGGAGUCCCCGGAGGAAAUCGUGCGAAUGGUAUCAAAACCAGCUAAAAACCCUUUUCGGCCAGGUCUUGAUACUGGUGAAGUCGCCGAUGUCAUGUCCUCAUUGAUCAAUCUUAUACAAGACUGCUGGAGUGAAGCGCCAAAGUAUCGUCCAACCACCAAUGAAGUCCAGAAGCUGCUAAAAUCUAUGCAAAAAGGAAAGAAACUAAAUCUAAUGGAUCAUGUGAUGAACACUCUGGAAAACUAUGCAAGUUCAUUAGAGGAGGAGGUGGAAGAACGAAUGAAGGAACUUGUGGCCGAAAAGAAAAAAAGUGACGCAUUGCUCUACCGAAUGUUGCCGAAGCAAGUUGCUGAUAAGCUGAAAUUAGGCGAGUCGGUGGAGCCGGAAAGUUACGAAGUAGUGACGAUUUUCUUUUCUGAUGUGGUCUCUUUCACAACCCUUGCCAGCAAGUGCACUCCGAUGCAGGUUGUCGCACUUCUCAACGGGCUGUAUACAUUUUUUGAUGAGAUGAUUUCGCGUCAGGACGUCUAUAAGGUAGAAACUAUAGGCGAUGGCUAUCUUUGCGCUUCGGGUUUACCCAACAGAAACGGACAGGAGCACGUAAAGGCGAUCUGUGAUUUGUCAUUAGAACUGAUUAGUGGUUUGAGAAGGUUUCAAAUUCCUCAUCUACCGAACGAGACGCUUAAUAUUCGCGUUGGGAUAAAUACAGGUGCGAGUAAUCUGUUCCACUCAACUCUUCUGCGUUUGGCUCAGAUUCGUUAA